AUGGAAAACCUCGCGGAGAACGAGAUGCUUGUCGACGACUAUGAUCAAUAUUCCAAUGAGAAGACAGAUGUCGUCGUCGUCUCCCGCUCCGGCUCCGAUGAGCCCGAGCCUGCGCUGUCCGCCGCUGACCAUGCGGCAAUGAUGGCGCGAGUCCUCCCCAAGAACCCCGAUCUUGAGACCCUUGAGGAGGUGCACAACACAUGGCACAUCGAAAACUGGAGGAAGAUGGAUAAGAAGUCGCACGGCCCGGCCUUCAAGUGCGGCGGGUCGCCUUGGCGUAUUCUUUUCUACCCCUACGGAAACCACUCGGAGCAUGCCUCAUUCUACCUUGAGCAUGCAUGGGAGGGUGAACCGCCAGAGAACUGGUAUGCCUGCGUACAGUUCGCAUUGGUUUUGUCCAAUGUGAAGGAUCCCUCAAUCUACGUCUCUCAUGUCGCAACCCACCGCUUCACUGCUGAUGAGGGCGACUGGGGUUUCACUCGAUUUUAUGACCUCCGAAGCCUGUUCAACGAUGCGUGGGAAGGCAAGAAUGUCCCGCUCGUUCAGGAUGAGGAGGCCAACAUUACCGCCUAUGUCCGCGUGGUCAAGGAUCCUACUGGUGUCCUCUGGCACAGCUUCCAGAACUACGACUCCAAGAAGGAGACCGGUAUGGUGGGCCUCCGCAACCAGGGUGCCACUUGCUACCUCAACUCCCUCCUGCAAUCUCUAUACUUCACCAAUGCUUUCCGCAAGGCUGUAUAUGACAUCCCUACCGAGGAGGAUGCCUCUGGCGAAAACAGUGCUUGGACUCUGCAGAGACUCUUCUACAACCUACAGACCAUGCAAAAAGCAGUGUCGACGACCGAACUGACCAAUUCCUUUGGAUGGGACUCGAGACAGGCGUUUGAGCAGCAAGAUGUUCAAGAGCUGUCACGAAAGCUUAUGGAGCGCUUGGAGGAGAAGAUGAAGGGCACCGUUGCUGAAAAGGCUCUGCCUGAAUUGUUCGUCGGAAAGACCAAGACUUAUAUCUCCUGCAUCAAUGUCGAUUACGAGUCCUCUCGUAUCGAAGACUUCUGGGAUAUUCAGUUGAACGUUCGGGGGAACAAGACCCUGGAUGACAGUUUCCGGGACUACAUUCAGGUCGAGACACUGGAAGGCGAGAACAAGUACGACGCGGGUGCUCCAUACGGUCUUCAGGAUGCCAAGAAAGGUGUCAUUUUCGAGAGCUUCCCGCCAGUCCUGCAUCUUCAUUUGAAACGAUUUGAAUACGACCUUAACGCCCUGACGAUGAUGAAGGUCAACGACCGCCACGUCUUCCCGAUGGAGUUUGAUGCCGCUCCGUAUCUCUCUGGUAAUGCUGACAUGUCGGAGUCAUGGGAGUAUGAGCUGCAUGGUGUGCUCGUCCACAGUGGUAGCUUGGAUGCUGGUCACUACUAUGCAUUCUUGAAGCCGACCAAGGAUGGACACUGGUACCGCUUUGACGAUGACCGGGUCAACCGGGUCACCGAGAAGGAGGUCCUAGAAGAAAACUAUGGAGGAGAGUACGAAUUUGCCAACGGGGCUACCGGUGUUCGUCAGCCCUAUACUCAAAAGUACUCCACCAAGCGGUCUAUGAAUGCCUACAUGUUGGUUUAUGUCCGGAAGACCCGAUCGGACAAGGUUCUUCUCCCCAUCACUAAAGAUGAUGUUCCCUCUCACAUUGAACAGCGCAUCGCCGAAGACCGAGCGGAGAUGUUGCAGAGGCAGAAGGAGAAGGAGGAGGCCCAUCUGUACAUGAACAUUGGUGUUUUGACCGAGCAAACCUUCCAGCAUCACCACGGCUUUGAUCUGACCAGUGCGGACCUCCCAGCUGAAGACCCUGCUCUCCCAGCUCAAUACCGGGUUCGCCGCAACAAGAAGGUGGGUGAGUUUGCACAGGAGAUUGCCGAAGAGCACGGUCUCAAUGUAAACUCUAUCCGAUUCUGGGUUAUGGUUAGCCGCCAAAACAAGACGACCCGACCUGACCAGGUCAUCGCCGACAAUGAAAUGACGGUCGAGGAAGCUUGCACCAAGUUCGGCACCCGCGGUAACCUCUUCCGACUCUGGAUGGAGGUCUCGCCUCUAGGCCCUGAUGGAAAGCCUCAAGAAUGGUCUGAUAAUGAGUCGGUCUUGAUUUUCCUGAAGAACUUCGACGUGGCCACGCAAAACCUGUCCGGCAUUGGCCCCGUCUAUGUUCGCAAGAACCAAAAGGUGCAAGACUUGGCGCCUAUCAUUCUUUCGAAGAUGAACUGGCCUGCUGGAACAGACUUCAUGCUGUUCGAGGAGAUUAAGCACACUAUGAUCGAUGUGAUGAAGCCCAAGCAGACCUUCCAGCAGUCGGAGAUCCAGGACGGUGAUAUCAUCACUUUCCAGCGAACGGUUAAGGACUCAGAGCUUCCUUCUACGGCGCUUUACACCGAUGCCAGACAAUACUACGAUUACCUUCUGAACCGCAUGGGCGUCACAUUUGCUCCUAUCAAGGCAGGCGACGGUGAUGAGUUCACCCUGACUCUUAGCCGGAAGAUGACCUAUGAUCAGUGGUCGAAGAAGGUGGCCGAACAUCUGAAUGUGGAGCCUACCCACCUCCGAUUUGCUCCCGUCAUGGCCAGCACCGGCAAGGCCAAGGCUUUCCUCAAGCGGACUACCACUUCUACUCUUGCUCAAAUUCUCAAUGGUCAAUAUGGUGCUUAUGGGUAUACCAUGCAUCGGUCCGAUGCUUUGUACUACGAGGUCUUGGACAUGAGCUUGAGUGACUACGAGAGCAAGAAGUCUUUCAAGGUGACGUUGCUGCCGGAAGGCAUUACGAAAGAGGAAGUCGUAGAGGUCCUGGUGGCUCGCAACGGAACCGUCUCCGAGCUCAUUGCUGCCUUGCAAAAGAAGGCGAACCUCGAUGAGAAGGUCGUUCAAGAGCUGAGGCUCUUCGAGGCGCACAGUGGCAAGUUGUACAAGGAGCUCAAGGACGACACUAAUGUGUCUGCAAUCAACGAGUACUCAACGCUUUAUGCGCCGAGGGUACCGGCCGAGGAGCUCAACAUGGAAGAUGACGACCGAUUGGUUAGCGCUUUCAACUUUGACCGGGAGCCUAACCGUACUCACGGAGUGCCGUUCAAGUUUGUUGUGAAACCGGGUGAGAUUUUCAAGGAGACCAAGGAACGCCUCUCCAAGCGUACGGGCAUCAAGGGCAAGCCAUUUGAGAAGAUCAAGUUUGCUGUCGUCCCCCGUGCUUCCUUCACUACCCCCAAGUAUCUUGACGAUGAUGAUAUUCUCUCUGAUGUGAUCGGUCCUGACGACUACCUGGGACUUGAUCAUCCCGGUAAGAGUCGUGGAUUCUGGGGUAAGAGUGAGAGCUUCUUCAUUCGAUAA